GUGACAUCCCCUUCUGCGCCGCAUAGCGAGGGUCGCCAGUGACUAAUUCAUUCACUAGAAGUGCAAAGACUGAAAUUUGCGGUUUAACUCGUACACGUUAAGGGUACUCCAACAUAUCGCCUUGUGAUCACUUUCUUUCGACAUCGCGCGCUUGAGAUGGCUGUCCCUGGUGUGCCUCAGAACAGCACGGCAGCGAGGCUGGAUGAACUGCUGCAUCGUGCGCGGUCGGUCAAACGCAGUAAUUCAAUCGAGCCUCCGCUUCAGGUAGCAGAGCUAGUGCCUGAGAGCGAGUCUCUUUUCAGCGACAUCAAUGGCGAAAAAGAUACCCUGUCAACCGCAGUUGAGAGUGCUGCAAAAGGCGUGUUUUACGCCAACAUUGGAUCAACAAAGAUUGAUGAGCCAGAAUUUGUAACAGUGUGGAACUUACUUGACAUUCUGCAGUACUGUGGCGACAGAGACAUAUGCUCAGCACAAUUAGUGCUUCUACUGAUCGAAGAGCUUCUCGACAGCCAGUCACUGGCGCAAUGUCGGACGGUAUUCAACUUCCUCGAAUCGCGAAGAGAAGCAAUCAUCGCAAUAAGCUCUCAAAACAAGUCCCUGGUCAUUCUGCGACUGUGUAAUGAACUGCUCCGCCGGCUGUCUCGCGCGGAAGAUCCGGUCUUCUGUGGCCGUGUGUACAUUUUUAUGUUCCAAAGCUUCCCGCUUGGUGACAAGAGCUCAGUCAACCUUCGCGGCAAUUUCCACGUGGAGAAUGUCACAACGUUCGAAGACUUCCUGGCAGAUACACCUGCAAAUGAGGAUGCGAUGCAAGUCGAUAACGAUGCAUCAGCGCCUACCAUCAAGACUACGGCUGCGUCUGAGGACCCAGCGACCAGGCCUGGUAACUCCCUGAAAGGGAAGGCGGAUCAGCCCAAGACACUGAACAUCGACACACUGUACCCAGUCUUCUGGUCAUUGCAACACUCGUUCUCAAACCCGCCCCGCCUUUUCGAGGAGAAUAACUUCAAGGAUUUUCGGAGCAGUCUGGAAGCGACACUUGCGAAAUUCAAGGAGGUGCCGAAGGUGAUACAAUCAGGGGACAUCGAACGCAAGAAAGGACCAAAGCCUUCUUCGGGCGAUAGCUAUGACGUGUUCGCAAACACGUUCAACCCAAAGUACCUUACAAGUCGUGACUUGUUUAAGCUCGAGCUAAGCGAUCUUGCUUUCCAGCGACACAUCCUGGUUCAGGCCCUCAUACUUGUCGAUUUUCUCUUGACUUUAACCGAUAAAGCAAAGAGCAAGCCACUCUACCAAAAUGCGCAAAAGGCCAUGCAGUACAACUUCACUAUGCGUGAGCAAGACACCGAAUGGGCAUUGGGCAUCAAAACCGCCAUCGCAAAUUACCUGCAGGAGGGCCCGGACGGCAAGUUCUACUACCGGAUGGUAGACACCGUGCUUUCCCGUGACAAAAACUGGGUAAGAUGGAAGAUGGAGAACUGUCAGCCGUUCACUCGAAAGCGCGUCGACACAGCACAGUUCUUGACAUCCAAAUCUGAUGCUGUGCGUGCCGUCGCAAAGAAGAGACCAAUGGAGCCCAUGGGCGUUCCCAGCUCUCUGGACUUCUUGUAUAACACGGAAGCGGAAAAGGGACUGUCUCAACUGCGGCAGCGCGAUCGGUAUGAUACACCCGUCAAGUCGAAAACCCCAUUUGCUGUGCUUACAACCACAAGGUUCAAUGCACCAAGUGCAGAAACAUACGCGAAGAAGGUCAAGAUGAUCGACCUUGAUUUGGAGAUAGCUAACAAUGAAUCUGAGAAGCGCGAGAUAGAGGAGAAGAAGUCAAGCUACAUCUGGAGGGGUCUUCGCGCGGCAUCUCAGAAGCAGCUGAGCUCGUUCGAGAAGAUCGAACGUGGUAGGGGUCUGGAGGCUCUCCAGCCGACCCCUUCUCAAACUGAGAUUGCAGGCGACAAUACCGCACCCACCGUUCCGGAAGGCAGGGAUGCAGCUCCGCUAGAAGAACAGCAUAGCGUCGAGGAGCAGCGGGCCGAGCAACGAGAUCAAGUGACUGCAGACACAGAGAUGAAGUAACCAGCAGGGGAAUUGCUGCAUGUGCGAGUGGCGUGUCAUGUGGGGUUGUGAACAUGCAGUCUAUCUCACAAACUCUGUCUUCUUUUGACGAUGUGCAUUGUGGGUGAGGCGUAACGCCCGGUUAUGAGGAGAUGGUGUUGACGGGGGUCAUAUGAAGACUAAAUGGGGCACAGCCAGUCAUCAUACAUGUCUCCGAGCGAUCUUUGAGGUACCACUGGAGUUGCCAGCGGGCUGUGAAGCAGCCGCAGAG